CUUGCGUUGCGUGAUUGUGUGCCCCACUGCCACUUUAAUUUGAUUAGUGUGGCUGACAGCGUCAAAGCAGGGACAGGACGCAAAGCUUCCACUGGUGACUGCGCACCACCACGACACCACCAAGCAAAAGAAAAGGCAAAAGCAACGCGUCGGAUGGGAGGGAGGCUCAGAGAUGGAGCAAGAAGCGCCUGCCCGACCGGGGUCCGUUCCCGCGGUCACGCUCCGUCGUUUCGAGCUCGGCGACGUCGACGCGAUGCUGGAGUGGGCGUCGGACCCCGAGGUGACGGCGUUCAUGGCGUGGGACGCCUGCACGUCCCGGGACGCCCUCCUGGCGUUCCUGCGCGACGCGGUGCUGCCGCACCCGUGGUUCCGCGCCGUCUGCCUCGGCGGCGGCGGACACUGCCGCCCCGUGGGCGCGGUGUCCGUGACGCCCACCGACGACGCCUGCCGCGCCGAGCUCCGCGUCGUGCUGGCGCGCGCGCACCGGGGGAAGGGUGUGGCCACAGCGGCGGCGAGGCGCGCGGUCUCCGCGGCGUUCGGCGACCUCCCGGGCGUGGAGCGCGUCGAGGCGCUCGUGGACGUCGACCACAACGCGGCGGCGCGGCGGGUGCUCGAGAAGGCCGGGUUCCAGCGCGAGGCCGUGCUGCGGAGCUACCGCGUGGUGAAGGGGAGGCUCAGGGACGUGGCUGUCUACAGCUUCAUCUCUACCGACCCUGUCGUUGAGUGAUCAGGAUUCGAAAAUGACCCAAAGUCGUGCACGAAAACCAGAUGGCAUUGGCAUUGGCAUUGCUGCUUGCAGACAGCAUCUCAGCUAUGGGUUACAGUUACAGACUUAUUAUAACUCUCCUUCCGCUAUUUUAUCUCCAAGAAGACGCACUUCUUGGAAUUAUUAACUGAGCCCGUUUUUCUCGGA